AUCUGAUUUUUUAAAUGCCCAAAUUCCUCGCCAUCCAAACUAGCCGCACGAAUCCAGCAGCGGAGGUGCACAAUGAGCAGCUCUUCCCCGCCGAAGUCCCCUCGUGGUGUUGGCGGUAACAAUCAUAGGCACAGCAACCCGCGAUUCUUCGACGCAAAGGCUAAGAGCCACUGCUGGGGAAAUGCGGAAACUGUCCCUGGCCGACACCCGGAGAGGUGGCGCAAAGACGCUGCCGGAAAUAUCGUAUGCAGGCGGUUCUGCAACUGCCAGGGCUGCCUCUGCUUCGAGUACGAUCACAUCGUUCCCUUCUCCAAAGGUGGUGAAUCUGUACCGGACAACUGCCAGAUACUUCAAACUCGUGUGAAUCGAUACAAAUCUGACAAACAAGAGAUUGACAAAACUCUCCUCAGAGGCUACUCUUGCGAUAUUAAGUUCACUGACAAGGAGCUUGACAUUAUUGAAAUGGCUGUUUAUGGAGAUGUCAUCCGGCCUGGAAACGAGUGUCGGUGCAGAUCUGUCGCCGAAAUGCUUGGCCAGUUUAAAUCAAAGGAUCAAACACCUGCUUGCAAAUUGCCAGACGAAUAAGAACCUUUUGCUGCGUGAUGGAGACUUCAAGUUUCACAGCAUACCCAUACGAAGUAACUUAAAUUUGAUGCCUGCUACAUAGGGAAAACAGAUACUCUCAUAUUAGAUCAACACAACACAAGGAUCUUUGGGUAUCUGCUUUAUUCCCAGAAUGUUUUAACCUCAUUGAUUGAAUUGGACCUGUAGUCAUGCCAUGUUUUAUUUAUGUUAACCUCACCAUCCGGUCUCUUUACUUUCAAUUGAGUAACGCAUGAGGUCCCAGUAGAUGUUUGUCGGUGACGAGCAGUGUUUUGGAGAUAGAACUUAGAAGGCAGAUGGAGGUCUUUUCUUGGAGUUGAAGGGUAUCAUUCAUGCAGCUACUCCUUGAAAUGGAAUCAGACGACUAAAGGAAGUAUAUGAUA